UGUUUAAGAGUCGCUCACGCGACCAUCCCUAACUGGAAGUAACUAAUUUGAAAAAAAUUCGAUGUAUUUGUUAUUUUUUAUGUUGAUUUGCAAUCUGGGUUUCCCAUUACUAUGAGCUGCUUUGGCUGUGGGCGAAAAUACGGAUUAUUCUGCAAAGAGUAUGGAUGCCCGAACUGCGGCUACUCGUUCUGCUCCAAGUGCCUGAAAAGGCCGAUGCCAGUGCCCAGGCACACGGGAAAGGUGCUGAACGUGUGCCUCAUCUGCUACGACAGGCUGUCCAAGCUGCAGGCGAGCGCCGAUGCCGAAAAAGUGAUAGACUGUGAUGCCCUGCCCGGGGUGCUGGUCACCAAAUUGCAUCUGGCGAAGCCCUCAUCGCCGGGAUCGAAAAAUUCAGAGGGCGCCCUGGACGAGCUCUUUGACGAUCUCCUGCCGCAGGAGGAACUGCCCGCGGCUUUGGUGCCAGCCAGUGCUGCAGUUGGUUCAUCGCCGAGUUCCAAAAACCAUGGAGAUAUUGAUGAAAACCUGGAUAGUGCACUGACCAAGCGAAUGCAGGACUACAAAAGAGUGGAUGCCACGGACGACGAGAUUCGCACUCGUCUCGCCAACCUGACCGGCAUGCCGCAUAAAGUCAACUACGAUAGAAAGGAUCUGCUCCUAUCCACUGACCAAAGAAAUGACCAGGAGAAAAUGAGGGAUUUGCUGGCUCAGUUUGUGGAGGAAACCCAGUUGGAUCAAAACAUUGACAAGCAACGGGAUGAGUCAAUUUCCGAGAUUGAGCGACGACUGCUAGCACUCCGCGACACACCAGUCGAUUCCGUUGCGGGCCCAUCGAGAUCCCAUAUGAGCAGUAACUUAUCGGACAAAGAAGAGGAUGACGAGACCAUUUUAAGGAAUAUAAUGAAAAAGUAUGUGGACGAAUCGAACUUGUCGGCAGUGCCGCAAAAUGAAGCUAGUGAAACUGCAAUUGAGGUGCCCAGUACCGGCACCGAAGAACUACCCUGGUGUAAUAUUUGCAACGAAGACGCCGAUUUCCGUUGCCAGGGAUGUGGUGGCGACCUAUUUUGCACUCAAUGCUUCAAGGAGUGCCACGACGAUGAUGAGGACUACCGGGCUCACAUUAAGGAGCAGUAUAGAGCCCCGGCAAACUUUAAGGAAAAUCAUUUCUAAUGCAGUUGUUAAAGUUUAGUUGGAUUUAAGAGAUUUUGUUUUCAUUAAAAAAUGUUUUAUAAAAAAAA